AUGGGUGCGGCCGUGGCUGUCGCCGUCAGCUGCACGUCGACAUUGUCAGGGCUAACACCAUUACCGACGACGGCGACCGCCGCCACAUCAACCGCCGCCGUCACCACUGCCACCGUUGCCACCCCUGCCGCGGUUCCCUUGGUUCGUCGGUUCGGUGGGCCCUUCUUCCCCAUUGCAAAUUUCGACUCCAUGCCCUCCGACAUUCGCUGCCAGGUUUGUUUCAGAGGCCGCCAGUUCGUUUAAUUUUUCUAUCACUUUUAUAUCCGGAGGCAUAUUAUGAAGGGAGUAAGAAUGGGGAGGAGGGUGCCGCGUCACGCACUGCAUCUCUACAUGCGGUCGACCUAUCACUGGAUUUCCUGAAUUCGGAGGCGUGUCUGCACAUUGCACCGUUUCAACGCUGUGGUUAACCAAUCUGUUCCCUUCUGUGCUCCUAUGGUCAACGUCCCCUUUCGUGUGUUGGGCGGUGCUGCCGCCGUUCCGAAUUUUUGACGCUCGCAUGUAUUUCAAACCUUUGGCGAACAAAAAUCUAAUUGCUGUCCUUUUUAAUCUGCUCGAAAACUGCUGCACGAAUUUGGAGUAGAUCCUUCAGAAAAGAGGUUUUUCUGGCUGGUCCCAAAGGUUGAUGUAAAAUAUUUGGACCGACAUCCAUCAGUUAGUGCGGAAUAAACACGUCACACUCACAAGUUACCCCCGAGCAGUCAGUAGUAUACAAAUACUGGAUUUUUUGCCGUAUUGAUAGCGCACACACUAGCUGAAAGCCCAGACUGCGUAUCUCCGUGAUCGUGUUCUGUUGCAUGACGCAUCUGCGAGCGGUUCGACUCAUCGGUGAGUCCCCCAGCGUUCAUCGUAUGCUACCUAGUCUUUGAACUCCAGUUCCCAUGCUGACCUUUUUGAUUUCCUCGGGCUUCUGCCUAGCACCUCUGUUGUUAAUAUGGUAAAUAAUCACAAAGUUUAGAAGAUGAAGAUGCGAUCACUGGAACAAGAAAUUUAUUUGCCUGACGUUUCGGAUUCUCACUCGAAUCCAUCAUCAGAGACAUUCGCAGAUAGUUGUGUACAACUGCUUGCCUGUGGGCAGCUUGCGAAUAUUACGCUGUAUUCUGCGGUAGCUGACGAAUUUCAACCCAAAUAUUCACAUCGAUUUUCCGAAUCAACUUUAUUCCGAAGGAUUUACUCCAAGUACGUUUAUCGAUUUCCGAGAAAGCUAAAGUCGUAACAUUGGAACUCCUUCAGGCUGUUAGUAGUGACCUGAGAGAGUGGGUCACCUCUCCUGACUGCCCGUUAUUCGCGAGCCGAGCCGUCACCCGGUCUUUCCUGUGUAAUGGCGAGGGGACAGUCAUGGCGUGGGAUCUGAUAAACAACACCAUAUUGUUCUCUUGCGUCUGGUCGGUCUUUCAUUUGCUUGAUUUUGGCGCGCAUGGUAGUAGUCGGACGGUGAGCGAUACCCACGCCGAGCUCUCCAGCGAUAUGCUCCGUUGCUUCGGAUACGUUCUUUAUAUACGAAAGGGGGUUCCAGAUUGUUGGUGUCUCUCCUCUGUUUGGUUGCCGUGGGUGCGUAUGGAGGCAGCGAAUGAUGAAGCCGUUUGGGUAUCCAUUCCUUUACCAGUUGGUCCCGAAGAUGCCGUAGUUCUCGUACUCGUCCCUCCGGUUCAGUGCAAUGUGUUUUUGUCUUUUGGAAGAGUUCCCUAACACAGCCGCGUUUAUGCGCCAGUGGGUGAUUGCUGUGGUAGUUGAGGUCUUGAGUCCUGUUAGUCUUCUUUUUAUACACCGUGGUGCUGAGUUUUUCAUUGGGUCUGCGUGUGACGAGGACGUAGAGGAAAGGCAACUGUUUGGAAUGCUCUCCUUCCCCUGUGAGCUGAAUGUCGAAGAAGAUGCCGCUAAGCAGGUCAUGAAAGUCUGCUAGUCUGCUUCUUUCAGUUAUAACGAAUGUGUUAUCCACGUAUCGGCGCCAAAAUACAGGUUCACAGUUGUUAAAGGCGACUUUUUCCAGCUCAUUUAAAACUAGUUCCGCAACCAGGCUGGAUACUGGCGAACCCAUCGGCGUUCCUUUGAUCUGCUUGGAUGUUCUGCCAUUGAAAGUGAAGUGGGUUUGUUGGCAGAAGCAAAGCGUUGCAGAAAAUGGUCUAUUUUUAGAGAUCUCUUCGUUUCAUCAUAGUUUUCUGUGAGCCGUUUGCGUAGAACUUCGCGUGCCAGGUCCGGUGGGAUGGGAGUGAAUAAUGAAACUACGUUAAAGGAUACCUUUCUUUGUUUGGCUACAAAACUGCUCAUUUGGCGUCGUACUCCUACAGUCUCUGAUGAUGGCCUCCUGUGCGAGAUCGAAAGCUUACACUAAUACACUUACUGCCCCAUUGACCGCGCGUUCAUCUUCUUUGCAACAAAAACCUGGGACUCGCAUAUUCGCUUCCACUCGUAAGUUGAUAUGAAUGUUUGAGCGCUAACCCAUCAGCACAUGAUGGUCAUUGCGUGGUUGCUUCUCUGAAGCUGAUGAAUGCCAAAUCAACUUUCGGACCGACCUUGACAAAAUGUGCCCCCAGAAGUGUUUACUUCAAGUACAUCAAAUCAAAUCAAAAGGCCAAACAACACAUACUUGUGUCGGUCCGUUUUCCUUAGUCUCUUUUUUCAUACCUAAGACAUUUUUCUGACGUGUUGAUCUCUCUGUAUUGCAGUUACUAAUGAUUACGGACUGUUAUUGACUCAGUUGUUUCCGUCUCAGGUUUUUGCGUCUUUGUUCAUUCAAUUGAAUGUUCCGCUCCUGAGUUGCGGCCUUACACGUCGGUUACAAAAAUUGUUUGACUCCGUGCCCAAGGGCAAAUGAACCCGCUGUCGAGCUCCCAGUUUUUUCCAGCCUGUACACUCGUCUGACGAUGUUAACUACGCCUGGAAAUGGCCAUCCAUCCUCUUGUCUGUCUUGACAACGCCUUUUGAUCAUUGGUUUCUUCCUGAUAUUCGGCUUCCCGUGUAGACUUUAGAUUGGAGCUCCGAGACGAGGAAGCACCCAACCUCGUUCUACAAUCAGGAUGGUUCAACCAAUGUCGCAUUUGGGUCAAGUUACCCUCCCAGCCUACUACAAUAUGGAAUCUGCGAAUUCUGAUACAGUGAGCUGAAUGCCCAAGCAGGAUUUCCAAAGCGAUCAAUGUAGACUCCAUCAGACAGCUACGUAACUCAUUUAGUUAGUAGGUGUUUUAACAGAUUAGAGUAAUUGAUUCGACCGGACUGCUCCUGGUGGGGCCUCAUAACUCGGGCGAUUAGAUUGUGUUAACUGUACAACACAAUCGUUGCCCUCGCUCUCGUGGGUUCGACUCCCACCUAGGCCGCCGAAUUUUUCGCAGUUGAGUAGAUUGGUUUACUCAACUCGGCCAACAGCACCUGUCAACUGUCUGCAUAUCGAGCGUCAGGAAUUCCGUGUGUUUUAUGGAGCUUCGGUAAUGGGCACGCCUAGAAAACCGGCUUCAGUAUGCCCAUCGGAUGGUUUUUUCUUUAGACUGGUCUCUUUUAUGAGUUACAAAAUGGGUUUCCGGAAUAAUUUGAAUCGAAGCAAGUUUGGCGACACGGGCAGAAUUUAAUCGGGUUAUCAAUUCCGUGACCUAUUGUUUGACUUUGAACGACCAUUACAUAUUUAUAACCAAAACGCGCCAACAUGCAUUUGCUUCCCUCGCACCGGGCCCACCGACAUGUCCAACCAAUACCCCCCACCCGUUACGUACCUUUCCCUUUGGAUUGCUCCAGACCGUCUGGUUAUCGAAUCGCUAGUUUCCAAAUAUUACUGACCUUUCGCAGUUUAACAGGGGGUAACAAAAACCACGACUUACUUAAAUUCUUCAUAUUUCGCCACAUUCGCCUGUUCAUACUUCCGAGUGCCUUAUUCCCCUUCUUUUCCAAAUGAUUAUUUGUGUUUUAUGGCUGACUUGAAAUCUCAAUAUCACGAAAUUCCCCGAGUUCCUUCCGUAGCACGGUCAACUUCGAUUGCUCUUAAUUCACUUUUACCAGCAGAAAGUAUCGGCAAUUUCACCGUGGUGACCGACACACCUUAACCGUUUUACUGCCUUGAAGGCCGCCACCUUUUCACACGGGUCACUUGUAGUUGACGUGAGUAUUGUGAGUUGAAACCAAAACCGCUGUGCAUUGGCAGCUCCUGCAUGACGUGGCGUAUGGUAAAACCGGAGGUAGAAAUGUUUGCUUCACUUGCGCUGUUAGAAUUACUUCUGAUACCCACUAACCCCUUCUGACUUUCUAAAGUCCCCUGUUAAAUGCAGUUUCCUUGGACACUAACAGACUCCUUCAAUCUUAUUCUGCAACUCAUUUGUCGGUCCCUCCAGUCUGCUUAUUCAUUCGCAGCAAUAGAUGUUUCUAUCCUAACAACGUCCUCAUAGCACUUUUUUUCUUUUUUCCGUCUCAAGAAGUUGCAACAGAGCCUCUGCCAAAUUCUUGACUCAUGGCGCUCGGCAAGGCAAUACUUGAAAGACCUUGACCAGAGAGUCACACGAUCGCAGCGUAUGCGAGCCAAGCGUCACACGGAACUCGGCCACCACGAACGAGCAGUGGCUCGUUCUCCAAGUCCGUUGAUGCCCUCGGCUCCCCCAUCUGUUUCUAGUCCACCACUUCUUUCUCAGUAG